AUGUUGAGAGGGAUAUUGGAAAGUAUUUUGGGUAAUGUGUAUGCGGAAGGUCCGUUGUUGGACAGUGAUUUGGAGCGUUCUAGGGAGCGUUACCCAAUCCCUAAGAAAUACUUGGACAACCCCGAACUUAUCCCGAAGUAUUACUCAUUUCAGUCCAAUUUAGUCACGGACGAAGAUUUACAGCCUGGAAUGUUACGUCAGCUGGAAGUAGACAAACGACUCACAUUGCCUACAAGAACUCAUAUAAGAUUUUUAGUAACUGCUACUGAUGUUUUACACUCCUGGUCAGUGCCGUCACUGGGUAUUAAAGUGGACGCUGUUCCCGGAAGACUAACGAGGAUUAACACUUUUAUCCUAAGGGAAGGCGUUUUCUACGGCCAGUGCAGUGAAAUGUGCGGUACUUUACACGGCUUCAUGCCCAUCGUAGUCGAGGCAGUUUCACCCGAAAAGUACGCAGAACACGCUAAAAAAUAUUAUCAAGACUAA